AUGCGAGGUUUGAUACCCUCGCCUCGAGUCGUCUGGCUUCUCAGCCCGACUGCAUUACAGCGGCAAGCUCCGCAUGCGAGGUUCAGUACCCUCGCCUCGAGUCGUCUAGCUUCUCAGCCGACUCCUUUACAGCGGCAAGCUCCGCAUACGAGGUUCAGUACCCUCGCCAUGAGUCACCCAGCUCCUCAGCCUGACUCCAUUAUAUCGGCAAGCUCCGCAUGCGAGGUUCAGUACCCUCGCCUCAAGUCACCUGACUUCUCAGCUCGACUCCAGCGGAAAGCUCCGCAUGCGAGGCUCAAAGGCUUGCAAACUUUACCUAUAUGA